AUGAAUUAACUAUUUGAUACAGAAGAGUCCAUUAAUUCCGAUGAAGCUAUAAAAUCAAUAGAAUGUAAAAGUCUUACCCCCAAUUUUCAUCAUAAUCUUGAUGAUAAAGGUACUUCAGUUCAUAAAAGGAUGCAUGGAAUUCACACAAUGAUGUACAAAUUUAAAGAGCAGUUGCUUUUUAAAGAUGAAAUUUUCACUCAAUCAUCUCCUUUUAAAUCUACUAAUGUUAUUUCAAAUUAAAAGGGAUUAUAACAAAGUGAGAUUCCUAUUAAAACAGAAGAUUUCCUUAAAUAAGAUAAAGUACACUUGGCUGAUUCACGUAAAAGACACAAUACUAAAGAUUCAAUUGAAUAAUUUCAAUAAAAGUAAAUUCAAUAAAGCCACAGGAAAAGUCAACCACAUUUAUAAGCUAAUAUCAUAUCAAUCGUAUAAGCUCGUAAGUCAAAAAAAUAGAUUUAUGUUACAUAGAUUGUAAAUGAUCAUUGUGAAAUUACAAGUUUUCCAUUCCCUAAACCUUAAAAAUUUUCUAGGAUGAUUUAAAAUAAUGAUGGAUUACAAUCUCAAAGAGGUAGCUCUACAUCAACUCCUAGAGGUAUCCUUAAAUCUGGUUCUUUUGAAGUUUUAAGAAUAGGUAGUAGACCUAGCAUUCAAAGUCUUAAUAGUCCUAUGAUUAGAUCUAACAAUAAAAAAGUUUCCUUUGAAUUUACUAGUGAGUAACUACGUAAAAUGAAAAAUAACAGAGUUAAUUCAGAUCAUAAUAAAUAUCAAAGAUUGAAAACCAAAUUCAAAAAAUGA